GCGUCCUGCCCUUCUCACAGCUCUCCCAGUCCCAGAAGUCCCCGGUCCGGACGCCGCUGCUUCGACCUCCACCGGCCGCCGCGCCAGACGCAGCUCCUUCGACCUGUACUGACCACUGAAGCCUGAGUCGGCAGGACGCAGUGAGGUAGUGACCAGCCACUGCCAGUUGAGCAUCGAAAGACAAUGGGGGAGGAAGGGAAGAACAACAAUGUCAACGGAGAAGAAAAAAAACCACUGAAGCCAAACAACAAAAAGUGCAAGGAAGUUGCUAUAUUUGGGAACUAUAGGAAUUACUAUGGAUACAGAAUUGGUCGUGAUGAAGAUCCUAGGUUAAAUGCUAUGAAGAAAGAAUGGUUUGAAGGAAAGAAUUGUCUUGAUAUUGGCUGUAACAGUGGAGCUGUUACUAUUGCAAUUGCACAAAAGUUUUGUUGUCAAAGCAUUCUUGGAAUUGACAUAGAUCACUGUCGAGUUGAGGAUGCAUAUUGGAACCUAAGGAGAACAUCAAGGUCUAUUACACAGAAAUUGUCUGGAGAGACAUCUAAAUCUGAAGAGUCUAAUAAUUCACAUGAUUUGGAGGGGCACCUAGCAGAUUCUUCUAAUGACAGAACAAUGGAUAAUUCUGGAGAAUCUCAUGCAUUGGGAGGAAGAGAUUUAUUUGACGUAGUAUCCUUUAAGAAAGCAAAUUUUGUUGGAAAUUGGUUUCCGCCAGAACCCAAGUAUGAUACAAUUAUAUGUUUAAGUGUGUCAAAAUGGGUGCAGUUAAAUUGGGGUGACGAGGGAUUAAUUUCUCUGUUUGCGAAGGCAUGGAAGUAUCUCCGACCGGGAGGUGUGUUUAUUCUGGAACCGCAGCCAUGGAAGUCCUAUUCUAAUAAUCGUCACGUCUCGGAAGCAGCUAGAGUUAAUUAUCAAAAUAUUAAGAUCUAUCCGGAAGAUUUUCAGGAAAUACUUUUGGACAAGAUUGGAUUUCGGUCGGUAGAAGACAUAACCUCUUGUGCAGCUGGUCGGAAAGCUGGAUUUGAAAGACCUAUUUUUGCAUUCUGGAAGUGAUUUAACAUUUUUCUUCGUGGACAGCGCCAAUUAGGAGGCCAUAUCGUGUUCAACUUUAUACAAAUUUUGCAUCAUAUGGGGCAGUUAAAGGUAAAAAAAACCCCAUGACCAGUUAUGUUUUGAACAGGGAGCUAGACUUAUGCAACUAUUACAUACUACGGAGUAGCAUUUUGUAUAGUACGGAGUAGUUACUUAUCUAGAAUAGUAUUGUACGGAGUAUUAAUUAAGGGCUUGUUUGGGAAUAGCGUUUGAGAUUAGCGUUAGCGUUUUGGAUAAAAUUUUAAUGAUGUAGAUUACUUUGAAAAUGCUAGCGUAGCUUUUUCAAAACGCGAACGCUAAUCUCUAACGUU